CCAGACGACACUGAGGCUGAUGGUGAGGCUGAUGCAGAAGAUGAUUCAGUCGAUGAAGUGACAACGGAAAACAUACGACCAAGACCACAAGGAUCCUCUCCAGUAUAUGAGUACUGCAUAGAAGACGAGUAUUUUAAUAAAAAACUUCAGCAAGAUCUAGAGAACAGACAAAGAAGAGCUUCUUCCAUCAAAAUGAGCGAUUCACAGGAGUCCAUGGAGGUGACUCUGCACACAGAAAUCGAAUCUGGCGCCAGUGGAUUUAGUGUGGCUGGUGGCGGAAACGAAGGGAUAUUUGUGAAGAAGGUACUCAAGGAGUCCCCAGCAUCAAAGCUAUUCAGUCUGAGAGAAGGUGACCAGCUCUUGAGCGCCACGAUAUUUUUUGAUAAUGUCAAGUAUGAAGAUGCCCUCAAGAUUUUACAGUAUUCCGAGCCGUACAAAGUGCAGUUCAGCCUCAAAAGAAAGCUCAGUGAAAAGGAGGAUCUGGACACGAUACAUUCUUCGACGCUAUCCAAAAAGGAAAAAUUAAGCCAGGGAAAGGAAACUCUGGAAGUAUCAGAAAAGACCAUCACCGAAGAAGACAAAGCCACUUUGAUUGUAAAACAAAGAGUGGGAAGACAAAAACGACCAAAGAAGGAUAGACUCUCCUGGCCAAAAUUCCAGUCAAUCACCGGUAAAAAGAUUUUGGGACACAGAAGAUCUCGUAGCACAUCAGAUGCUUAUGAGCAUGCUAUUCCAGAUGUCUCACCAACCAGCACAGACACUGAAUUUGUGCCAGAAGAAAUACAUGCUAAAGUUAAAAAAGGAAGUCAAAAGAAAUUAAAAUUCCCUAGCAUUGGAUUUAAGAUGUACAGAACUAAGCAAGAGAUAGAAGAGAAGACUAAAUUGGAAGGAAAAGCAUGGACGGAGUAUGAAUACAGGAAAGCUGCUGUUGAGGGGGAAAUCACCGUACCUUCCGUAGAGGUUGAGCACCCCACAGCCAAACUGAAAGGAGAAAUAACUGUACCGUCCAUCGAGACUGUCAAAAUGCCCAAGAUGAAGGGGCCCCCGAUGGGCGUCACCCCCUCGAAAGUCGAGGGAGAUGUGAAACAUCUGGAAGGAGAAGUUUCCGUCACAGUGCCCAAAGCAGAAGGGAGCGUUGAGGGAGGCGGUAUGCAGAUAAACAUGCCAAAAUUCAAAAUGCCCAGCAUGGGCUUCUCCAAACCAGACAUCAAAGGCCCGAAAGUAGACUUAGACCUCAGCCCGCCAAAGGUUGACGUCACUCGUCCCUACGCUGACGUCAGUAUAUCCAAAACUAAACUGAAAACAGGAGAACUUGCGGCCGACAUCAGCAUCUCAGCUCCUGAAGUCAAGAUCCCAACAGAGCAGGCCUCCUUGGAACUCAAGGCACCAGAAUUCCAAAUCCAGGUACCGUCAGCUGAGUUAGCUAUGGAGGUCAGCGAGGCGAAGAUUGAGGGCAUAGAUGGCAAGUUCAAGAUGCCUAAAUUCCAGAUGCCAAAGUUUGGCAUUUCCCUUCCCAAAGGGAAAGACGCUGUCGAGGGAGAAAUCACCGUACCUUCCGUAGAGGCUGAGCUCCCCACAGCCGAACUGAAAGGCAAAGUAACAGUACCGUCCGUCGAGACUGGCCUAAAGGUGUCAGGACCCCAGAUUGAGGCCCCGAGCGUGCAAGUGGAGGUCGGUGAGAAGGGCAAAAUCAAAAUGCCAGAUGUCAAGAUGCCGAGUGUCAAAAUGCCCAAGAUGAAGGGCCCCCAGGGGGGCGUCACCCUCUCGAAGGUCGAGGGAGACGUGUCACUACCUAAAGUAGAAGCUAAAUUACCGGAAGGGGAAGUCUCCGUCAAAGUGCCCAAAGCGGAAGGCAGCGUUGAGGGAGGCGGGAUGCAGAUACACAUGCCAAAAUUCAAAAUGCCCAGCAUGGGCUUCUCCAAACCAGACAUCAAAGGCCCCAAAGUAGACUUAGACCUCAGCGCGCCAAAGGUUGACGUCACUCUUCCCUCCGCUGACGUCAGUAUCUCCAAACCUGAACUGAAAACAGGAGAACUUGCGGCCGACAUCAGCGUCUCAGCUCCUGAAGUCAAGAUCCCAACAGAGCAGGCUUCCUUGGAACUCAAGGCACCAGAAUUCCAAAUCCAGGUACCGUCAGCUGAGUUAGCUGUGGAGGGCGGCGAGGCGAAGCUUGAGGGCAUGGAUGGCAAGUUCAAGAUGCCUAAAUUCCAGAUGCCAAAGUUUGGCAUUUCCCUUCCCAAAGGGAAAGCCGGUGUCGAGGGAGAAAUCACCGUACCUUCCGUAGAGGCUGAGCUCCCCACAGCCGAACUGAAAGGCAAAGUAACAGUACCGUCCGUCGAGACUGGCCUAAAGGUGUCAGGACCCCAGAUUGAGGCCCCGAGCGUGCAAGUGGAGGUCGGUGAGAAGGGCAAAAUCAAAAUGCCAGAUGUCAAGAUGCCGAGUGUCAAAAUGCCCAAGAUGAAGGGCCCCCAGGGGGGCGUCACCCUCUCGAAGGUCGAGGGAGACGUGUCACUUCCUAAAGUAGAAGCUAAAUUACCGGAAGGGGAAGUCUCCGUCAAAGUGCCCAAAGCGGAAGGCAGCGUUGAGGGAGGCGGGAUGCAGAUACACAUGCCAAAAUUCAAAAUGCCCAGCAUGGGCUUCUCCAAACCAGACAUCAAAGGCCCGAAAGUAGACUUAGACCUCAGCGCGCCAAAGGUUGACGUCACUCGUCCCUCCGCUGACGUCAGUAUCUCCAAACCUGAACUGAAAACAGGAGAACUUGCGGCCGACAUCAGCGUCUCAGCUCCUGAAGUCAAGAUCCCAACAGAGCAGGCCUCCUUGGAACUCAAGGCACCAGAAUUCCAAAUCCAGGUACCGUCAGCUGAGUUAGCUGUGGAGGGCGGCGAGGCGAAGCUUGAGGGCAUGGAUGGCAAGUUCAAGAUGCCUAAAUUCCAGAUGCCAAAGUUUGGCAUUUCCCUUCCCAAAGGGAAAGCCGCUGUCGAGGGAGAAAUCACCGUACCUUCCGUAGAGGCUGAGCUCCCCACAGCCGAACUGAAAGGCAAAGUAACAGCACCGUCCGUCGAGACUGGCCUAAAGGUGUCAGGACCCCAGAUUGAGGCCCCGAGCGUGCAAGUGGAGGUCGGUGAGAAGGGCAAAAUCAAAAUGCCAGAUGUCAAGAUGCCGAGUGUCAAAAUGCCCAAGAUGAAGGGCCCGCAGGUGGGCGUCACCCUCUCGAAGGUCGAGGGAGACGUGUCACUUCCAAAAGUAGAAGCUAAAUUACCGGAAGGGGAAGUCUCCAUCAAAGUGCCCAAAGCGGAAGGCAGCGUUGAGGGAGGCGGGAUGCAGAUACACAUGCCAAAAUUCAAAAUGCCCAGCAUGGGCUUCUCCAAACCAGACAUCAAAGGCCCCAAAGUAGACUUAGACCUCAGCGCGCCAAAGGUUGACGUCACUCUUCCCUCCGCUGACGUCAGUAUCUCCAAACCUGAACUGAAAACAGGAGAACUUGCGGCCGACAUCAGCGUCUCAGCUCCUGAAGUCAAGAUCCCAACAGAGCAGGCUUCCUUGGAACUCAAGGCACCAGAAUUCCAAAUCCAGGUACCGUCAGCUGAGUUAGCUGUGGAGGGCGGCGAGGCGAAGCUUGAGGGCAUGGAUGGCAAGUUCAAGAUGCCUAAAUUCCAGAUGCCAAAGUUUGGCAUUUCCCUUCCCAAAGGGAAAGCCGCUGUCGAGGGAGAAAUCACCGUACCUUCCGUAGAGGCUGAGCUCCCCACAGCCGAACUGAAAGGCAAAGUAACAGUACCGUCCGUCGAGACUGGCCUAAAGGUGUCAGGACCCCAGAUUGAGGCCCCGAGCGUGCAAGUGGAGGUCGGUGAGAAGGGCAAAAUCAAAAUGCCAGAUGUCAAGAUGCCGAGUGUCAAAAUGCCCAAGAUGAAGGGCCCCCAGGUGGGCGUCACCCUCUCGAAGGUCGAGGGAGACGUGUCACUUCCUAAAGUAGAAGCUAAAUUACCGGAAGGGGAAGUCUCCGUCAAAGUGCCCAAAGCGGAAGGCAGCGUUGAGGGAGGCGGGAUGCAGAUACACAUGCCAAAAUUCAAAAUGCCCAGCAUGGGCUUCUCCAAACCAGACAUCAAAGGCCCGAAAGUAGACUUAGACCUCAGCGCGCCAAAGGUUGACGUCACUCUUCCCUCCGCUGACGUCAGUAUCUCCAAACCUGAACUGAAAACAGGAGAACUUGCGGCCGACAUCAGCGUCUCAGCUCCUGAAGUCAAGAUCCCAACAGAGCAGGCCUCCUUGGAACUCAAGGCACCAGAAUUCCAAAUCCAGGUACCGUCAGCUGAGUUAGCUGUGGAGGGCGGCGAGGCGAAGCUUGAGGGCAUGGAUGGCAAGUUCAAGAUGCCUAAAUUCCAGAUGCCAAAGUUUGGCAUUUCCCUUCCCAAAGGGAAAGCCGCUGUCGAGGGAGAAAUCACCGUACCUUCCGUAGAGGCUGAGCUCCCCACAGCCGAACUGAAAGGCAAAGUAACAGUACCGUCCGUCGAGACUGGCCUAAAGGUGUCAGGACCCCAGAUUGAGGCCCCGAGCGUGCAAGUGGAGGUCGAAGCUAAAUUACCGGAAGGGGACGUCUCCGUCAAAGUGCCCAAAGCGGAAGGCAGCGUUGAGGGAGGCGGGAUGCAGAUACACAUGCCAAAAUUCAAAAUGCCCAGCAUGGGCUUCUCCAAACCAGACAUCAAAGGCCCCAAAGUAGACUUAGACCUCAGCGCGCCAAAGGUUGACGUCACUCUUCCCUCCGCUGACGUCAGUAUCUCCAAACCUGAACUGAAAACAGGAGAACUUGCGGCCGACAUCAGCGUCUCAGCUCCUGAAGUCAAGAUCCCAACAGAGCAGGCCUCCUUGGAAAUCAAGGCACCAGAAUUCCAAAUCCAGGUACCGUCAGCUGAGUUAGCUGUGGAGGGCGGCGAGGCGAAGCUUGAGGGCAUGGAUGGCAAGUUCAAGAUGCCUAAAUUCCAGAUGCCAAAGUUUGGCAUUUCCCUUCCCAAAGGGAAAGCCGCUGUCGAGGGAGAAAUCACCGUACCUUCCGUAGAGGCUGAGCUCCCCACAGCCGAACUGAAAGGCAAAGUAACAGUACCGUCCGUCGAGACUGGCCUAAAGGUGUCAGGACCCCAGAUUGAGGCCCCGAGCGUGCAAGUGGAGGUCGGUGAGAAGGGCCAAAUCAAAAUGCCAGAUGUCAAGAUGCCGAGUGUCAAAAUGCCCAAGAUGAAGGGCCCCCAGGUGGGCGUCACCCUCUCGAAGGUCGAGGGAGAUGUGUCACUUCCUAAAGUAGAAGCUAAAUUACCGGAAGGGGAAGUCUCCGUCAAAGUGCCCAAAGCGGAAGGCAGCGUUGAGGGAGGCGGGAUGCAGAUACACAUGCCAAAAUUCAAAAUGCCCAGCAUGGGCUUCUCCAAACCAGACAUCAAAGGCCCGAAAGUAGACUUAGACCUCAGAGCGCCAAAGGUUGACGUCACUCGUCCCUCCGCUGACGUCAGUAUCUCCAAACCUGAACUGAAAACAGGAGAACUUGCGGCCGACAUCAGCGUCUCAGCUCCUGAAGUCAAGAUCCCAACAGAGCAGGCCUCCUUGGAACUCAAGGCACCAGAAUUCCAAAUCCAGGUACCGUCAGCUGAGUUAGCUGUGGAGGGCGGCGAGGCGAAGCUUGAGGGCAUGGAUGGCAAGUUCAAGAUGCCUAAAUUCCAGAUGCCAAAGUUUGGCAUUUCCCUUCCCAAAGGGAAAGCCGCUGUCGAGGGAGAAAUCACCGUACCUUCCGUAGAGGCUGAGCUCCCCACAGCCGAACUGAAAGGCAAAGUAACAGUACCGUCCGUCGAGACUGGCCUAAAGGUGUCAGGACCCCAGAUUGAGACCCCGAGCGUGCAAGUGGAGGUCGGUGAGAAGGGCAAAAUCAAAAUGCCAGAUGUCAAGAUGCCGAGUGUCAAAAUGCCCAAGAUGAAGGGCCCCCAGGUGGGCGUCACCCUCUCGAAGGUCGAGGGAGACGUGUCACUUCCUAAAGUAGAAGCUAAAUUACCGGAAGGGGAAGUCUCCGUCAAAGUGCCCAAAGCGGAAGGCAGCGUUGAGGGAGGCGGGAUGCAGAUACACAUGCCAAAAUUCAAAAUGCCCAGCAUGGGCUUCUCCAAACCAGACAUCAAAGGCCCGAAAGUAGACUUAGACCUCAGCGCGCCAAAGGUUGACGUCACUCGUCCCUCCGCUGACGUCAGUAUCUCCAAACCUGAACUGAAAACAGGAGAACUUGCGGCCGACAUCAGCGUCUCAGCUCCUGAAGUCAAGAUCCCAACAGAGCAGGCCUCCUUGGAACUCAAGGCACCAGAAUUCCAAAUCCAGGUACCGUCAGCUGAGUUAGCUGUGGAGGGCGGCGAGGCGAAGCUUGAGGGCAUGGAUGGCAAGUUCAAGAUGCCUAAAUUCCAGAUGCCAAAGUUUGGCAUUUCCCUUCCCAAAGGGAAAGCCGCUGUCGAGGGAGAAAUCACCGUACCUUCCGUAGAGGCUGAGCUCCCCACAGCCAAACUGAAAGGCAAAGUAACAGUACCGUCCGUCGAGACUGGCCUAAAGGUGUCAGGACCCCAGAUUGAGGCCCCGAGCGUGCAAGUGGAGGUCGGUGAGAAGGGCAAAAUCAAAAUGCCAGAUGUCAAGAUGCCGAGUGUCAAAAUGCCCAAGAUGAAGGGCCCCCAGGUGGGCGUCACCCUCUCGAAGGUCGAGGGAGACGUGUCACUUCCUAAAGUAGAAGCUAAAUUACCGGAAGGGGAAGUCUCCGUCAAAGUGCCCAAAGCGGAAGGCAGCGUUGAGGGAGGCGGGAUGCAGAUACACAUGCCAAAAUUCAAAAUGCCCAGCAUGGGCUUCUCCAAACCAGACAUCAAAGGCCCGAAAGUAGACUUAGACCUCAGCGCGCCAAAGGUUGACGUCACUCUUCCCUCCGCUGACGUCAGUAUCUCCAAACCUGAACUGAAAACAGGAGAACUUGCGGCCGACAUCAGCGUCUCAGCUCCUGAAGUCAAGAUCCCAACAGAGCAGGCCUCCUUGGAACUCAAGGCACCAGAAUUCCAAAUCCAGGUACCGUCAGCUGAGUUAGCUGUGGAGGGCGGCGAGGCGAAGCUUGAGGGCAUGGAUGGCAAGUUCAAGAUGCCUAAAUUCCAGAUGCCAAAGUUUGGCAUUUCCCUUCCCAAAGGGAAAGCCGCUGUCGAGGGAGAAAUCACCGUACCUUCCGUAGAGGCUGAGCUCCCCACAGCCGAACUGAAAGGCAAAGUAACAGUACCGUCCGUCAAGACUGGCCUAAAGGUGUCAGGACCCCAGAUUGAGGCCCCGAGCGUGCAAGUGGAGGUCGGUGAGAAGGGCCAAAUCAAAAUGCCAGAUGUCAAGAUGCCGAGUGUCAAAAUGCCCAAGAUGAAGGGCCCCCAGGUGGGCGUCACCCUCUCGAAGGUCGAGGGAGACGUGUCACUUCCUAAAGUAGAAGCUAAAUUACAGGAAGGGGAAGUCUCCGUCAAAGUGCCCAAAGCGGAAGGCAGCGUUGAAGGAGGCGGGAUGCAGAUACACAUGCCAAAAUUCAAAAUGCCCAGCAUGGGCUUCUCCAAACCAGACAUCAAAGGCCCGAAAGUAGACUUAGACCUCAGCGCGCCAAAGGUUGACGUCACUCUUCCCUCCGCUGACGUCAGUAUCUCCAAACCUGAACUGAAAACAGGAGAACUUGCGGCCGACAUCAGCGUCUCAGCUCCUGAAGUCAAGAUCCCAACAGAGCAGGCCUCCUUGGAACUCAAGGCACCAGAAUUCCAAAUCCAGGUACCGUCAGCUGAGUUAGCUGUGGAGGGCGGCGAGGCGAAGCUUGAGGGCAUGGAUGGCAAGUUCAAGAUGCCUAAAUUCCAGAUGCCAAAGUUUGGCAUUUCCCUUCCCAAAGGGAAAGCCGCUGUCGAGGGAGAAAUCACCGUACCUUCCGUAGAGGCUGAGCUCCCCACAGCCGAACUGAAAGGCAAAGUAACAGUACCGUCCGUCGAGACUGGCCUAAAGGUGUCAGGACCCCAGAUUGAGGCCCCGAGCGUGCAAGUGGAGGUCGGUGAGAAGGGCAAAAUCAAAAUGCCAGAUGUCAAGAUGCCGAGUGUCAAAAUGCCCAAGAUGAAGGGCCCCCAGGUGGGCGUCACCCUCUCGAAGGUCGAGGGAGACGUGUCACUUCCUAAAGUAGAAGCUAAAUUACCGGAAGGGGAAGUUUCCGUCAAAGUGCCCAAAGCGGAAGGCAGCGUUGAAGGAGGCGGGAUGCAGAUACACAUGCCAAAAUUCAAAAUGCCCAGCAUGGGCUUCUCCAAACCAGACAUCAAAGGCCCCAAAGUAGACUUAGACCUCAGCGCGCCAAAGGUUGACGUCACUCUUCCCUCCGCUGACGUCAGUAUCUCCAAACCUGAACUGAAAACAGGAGAACAUGCGGCCGACAUCAGCGUCUCAGCUCCUGAAGUCAAGAUCCCAACAGAGCAGGCCUCCUUGGAACUCAAGGCACCAGAAUUCCAAAUCCAGGUACCGUCAGCUGAGUUAGCUGUGGAGGGCGGCGAGGCGAAGCUUGAGGGCAUGGAUGGCAAGUUCAAGAUGCCUAAAUUCCAGAUGCCAAAGUUUGGCAUUUCCCUUCCCAAAGGGAAAGCCGCUGUCGAGGGAGAAAUCACCGUACCUUCCGUAGAGGCUGAGCUCCCCACAGCCGAACUGAAAGGCAAAGUAACAGUACCGUCCGUCGAGACUGGCCUAAAGGUGUCAGGACCCCAGAUUGAGGCCCCGAGCGUGCAAGUGGAGGUCGAAGCUAAAUUACCGGAAGGGGAAGUCUCCGUCAAAGUGCCCAAAGCAGAAGGCAGCGUUGAGGGAGGCAGGAUGCAGAUACACAUGCCAAAAUUCAAAAUGCCCAGCAUGGGCUUCUCCAAACCAGACAUCAAAGGCCCCAAAGUAGACUUAGACCUCAGCGCGCCAAAGGUUGACGUCACUCUUCCCUCCGCUGACGUCAGUAUCUCCAAACCUGAACUGAAAACAGGAGAACUUGCGGCCGACAUCAGCGUCUCAGCUCCUGAAGUCAAGAUCCCAACAGAGCAGGCCUCCUUGGAACUCAAGGCACCAGAAUUCCAAAUCCAGGUACCGUCAGCUGAGUUAGCUGUGGAGGGCGGCGAGGCGAAGCUUGAGGGCAUGGAUGGCAAGUUCAAGAUGCCUAAAUUCCAGAUGCCAAAGUUUGGCAUUUCCCUUCCCAAAGGGAAAGCCGCUGUCGAGGGAGAAAUCACCGUACCUUCCGUAGAGGCUGAGCUCCCCACAGCCAAACUGAAAGGCAAAGUAACAGUACCGUCCGUCGAGACUGGCCUAAAGGUGUCAGGACCCCAGAUUGAGGCCCCGAGCGUGCAAGUGGAGGUCGGUGAGAAGGGCAAAAUCAAAAUGCCAGAUGUCAAGAUGCCGAGUGUCAAAAUGCCCAAGAUGAAGGGCCCCCAGGUGGGCGUCACCCUCUCGAAGGUCGAGGGAGACGUGUCACUUCCUAAAGUAGAAGCUAAAUUACCGGAAGGGGAAGUUUCCGUCAAAGUGCCCAAAGCGGAAGGCAGCGUUGAGGGAGGCGGGAUGCAGAUACACAUGCCAAAAUUCAAAAUGCCCAGCAUGGGCUUCUCCAAACCAGACAUCAAAGGCCCGAAAGUAGACUUAGACCUCAGCGCGCCAAAGGUUGACGUCACUCUUCCCUCCGCUGACGUCAGUAUCUCCAAACCUGAACUGAAAACAGGAGAACAUGCGGCCGACAUCAGCGUCUCAGCUCCUGAAGUCAAGAUCCCAACAGAGCAGGCCUCCUUGGAACUCAAGGCACCAGAAUUCCAAAUCCAGGUACCGUCAGCUGAGUUAGCUGUGGAGGGCGGCGAGGCGAAGCUUGAGGGCAUGGAUGGCAAGUUCAAGAUGCCUAAAUUCCAGAUGCCAAAGUUUGGCAUUUCCCUUCCCAAAGGGAAAGCCGCUGUCGAGGGAGAAAUCACCGUACCUUCCGUAGAGGCUGAGCUCCCCACAGCCGAACUGAAAGGCAAAGUAACAGUACCGUCCGUCGAGACUGGCCUAAAGGUGUCAGGACCCCAGAUUGAGGCCCCGAGCGUGCAAGUGGAGGUCGAAGCUAAAUUACCGGAAGGGGAAGUCUCCGUCAAAGUGCCCAAAGCGGAAGGCAGCGUUGAGGGAGGCGGGAUGCAGAUACACAUGCCAAAAUUCAAAAUGCCCAGCAUGGGCUUCUCCAAACCAGACAUCAAAGGCCCGAAAGUAGACUUAGACCUCAGCGCGCCAAAGGUUGACGUCACUCUUCCCUCCGCUGACGUCAGUAUCUCCAAACCUGAACUGAAAACAGGAGAACUUGCGGCCGACAUCAGCGUCUCAGCUCCUGAAGUCAAGAUCCCAACAGAGCAGGCCUCCUUGGAACUCAAGGCACCAGAAUUCCAAAUCCAGGUACCGUCAGCUGAGUUAGCUGUGGAGGGCGGCGAGGCGAAGCUUGAGGGCAUGGAUGGCAAGUUCAAGAUGCCUAAAUUCCAGAUGCCAAAGUUUGGCAUUUCCCUUCCCAAAGGGAAAGCCGCUGUCGAGGGAGAAAUCACCGUACCUUCCGUAGAGGCUGAGCUCCCCACAGCCGAACUGAAAGGCAAAGUAACAGUACCGUCCGUCGAGACUGGCCUAAAGGUGUCAGGACCCCAGAUUGAGGCCCCGAGCGUGCAAGUGGAGGUCGGUGAGAAGGGCAAAAUCAAAAUGCCAGAUGUCAAGAUGCCGAGUGUCAAAAUGCCCAAGAUGAAGGGCCCCCAGGUGGGCGUCACCCUCUCGAAGGUCGAGGGAGACGUGUCACUUCCUAAAGUAGAAGCUAAAUUACCGGAAGGGGAAGUUUCCGUCAAAGUGCCCAAAGCGGAAGGCAGCGUUGAGGGAGGCGGGAUGCAGAUACACAUGCCAAAAUUCAAAAUGCCCAGCAUGGGCUUCUCCAAACCAGACAUCAAAGGCCCCAAAGUAGACUUAGACCUCAGCGCGCCAAAGGUUGACGUCACUCUUCCCUCCGCUGACGUCAGUAUCUCCAAACCUGAACUGAAAACAGGAGAACUUGCGGCCGACAUCAGCGUCUCAGCUCCUGAAGUCAAGAUCCCAACAGAGCAGGCCUCCUUGGAACUCAAGGCACCAGAAUUCCAAAUCCAGGUACCGUCAGCUGAGUUAGCUGUGGAGGGCGGCGAGGCGAAGCUUGAGGGCAUGGAUGGCAAGUUCAAGAUGCCUAAAUUCCAGAUGCCAAAGUUUGGCAUUUCCCUUCCCAAAGGGAAAGCCGCUGUCGAGGGAGAAAUCACCGUACCUUCCGUAGAGGCUGAGCUCCCCACAGCCGAACUGAAAGGCAAAGUAACAGUACCGUCCGUCGAGACUGGCCUAAAGGUGUCAGGACCCCAGAUUGAGGCCCCGAGCGUGCAAGUGGAGGUCGGUGAGAAGGGCAAAAUCAAAAUGCCAGAUGUCAAGAUGCCGAGUGUCAAAAUGCCCAAGAUGAAGGGCCCCCAGGUGGGCGUCACCCUCUCGAAGGUCGAGGGAGACGUGUCACUUCCUAAAGUAGAAGCUAAAUUACCGGAAGGGGAAGUUUCCGUCAAAGUGCCCAAAGCGGAAGGCAGCGUUGAGGGAGGCGGGAUGCAGAUACACAUGCCAAAAUUCAAAAUGCCCAGCAUGGGCUUCUCCAAACCAGACAUCAAAGGCCCGAAAGUAGACUUAGACCUCAGCGCGCCAAAGGUUGACGUCACUCUUCCCUCCGCUGACGUCAGUAUCUCCAAACCUGAACUGAAAACAGGAGAACAUGCGGCCGACAUCAGCGUCUCAGCUCCUGAAGUCAAGAUCCCAACAGAGCAGGCCUCCUUGGAACUCAAGGCACCAGAAUUCCAAAUCCAGGUACCGUCAGCUGAGUUAGCUGUGGAGGGCGGCGAGGCGAAGCUUGAGGGCAUGGAUGGCAAGUUCAAGAUGCCUAAAUUCCAGAUGCCAAAGUUUGGCAUUUCCCUUCCCAAAGGGAAAGCCGCUGUCGAGGGAGAAAUCACCGUACCUUCCGUAGAGGCUGAGCUCCCCACAGCCGAACUGAAAGGCAAAGUAACAGUACCGUCCGUCGAGACUGGCCUAAAGGUGUCAGGACCCCAGAUUGAGGCCCCGAGCGUGCAAGUGGAGGUCGGUGAGAAGGGCAAAAUCAAAAUGCCAGAUGUCAAGAUGCCGAGUGUCAAAAUGCCCAAGAUGAAGGGCCCCCAGGUGGGCGUCACCCUCUCGAAGGUCGAGGGAGACGUGUCACUUCCUAAAGUAGAAGCUAAAUUACCGGAAGGGGAAGUCUCCGUCAAAGUGCCCAAAGCAGAAGGCAGCGUUGAGGGAGGCGGGAUGCAGAUACACAUGCCAAAAUUCAAAAUGCCCAGCAUGGGCUUCUCCAAACCAGACAUCAAAGGCCCGAAAGUAGACUUAGACCUCAGCGCGCCAAAGGUUGACGUCACUCUUCCCUCCGCUGACGUCAGUAUCUCCAAACCUGAACUGAAAACAGGAGAACUUGCGGCCGACAUCAGCGUCUCAGCUCCUGAAGUCAAGAUCCCAACAGAGCAGGCCUCCUUGGAACUCAAGGCACCAGAAUUCCAAAUCCAGGUACCGUCAGCUGAGUUAGCUGUGGAGGGCGGCGAGGCGAAGCUUGAGGGCAUGGAUGGCAAGUUCAAGAUGCCUAAAUUCCAGAUGCCAAAGUUUGGCAUUUCCCUUCCCAAAGGGAAAGCCGCUGUCGAGGGAGAAAUCACCGUACCUUCCGUAGAGGCUGAGCUCCCCACAGCCGAACUGAAAGGCAAAGUAACAGUACCGUCCGUCGAGACUGGCCUAAAGGUGUCAGGACCCCAGAUUGAGGCCCCGAGCGUGCAAGUGGAGGUCGGUGAGAAGGGCAAAAUCAAAAUGCCAGAUGUCAAGAUGCCGAGUGUCAAAAUGCCCAAGAUGAAGGGCCCCCAGGUGGGCGUCACCCUCUCGAAGGUCGAGGGAGACGUGUCACUUCCUAAAGUAGAAGCUAAAUUACCGGAAGGCGAUGUCUCUGUCAAAGUGCCCAAAGCGGAAGGCAGCGUUGAGGGAGGCGGGAUGCAGAUACACAUGCCAAAAUUCAAAAUGCCCAGCAUGGGCUUCUCCAAACCAGAUAUCAAAGGCCCGAAAGUAGACUUAGACCUCAGCGCGCCAAAGGUUGACGUCACUCUUCCCUCCGCUGACGUCAGUAUCUCCAAACCUGAACUGAAAACAGGAGAACUUGCGGCCGACAUCAGCGUCUCAGCUCCUGAAGUCAAGAUCCCAACAGAGCAGGCCUCCUUGGAACUCAAGGCACCAGAAUUCCAAAUCCAGGUACCGUCAGCUGAGUUAGCUGUGGAGGGCGGCGAGGCGAAGCUUGAGGGCAUGGAUGGCAAGUUCAAGAUGCCUAAAUUCCAGAUGCCAAAGUUUGGCAUUUCCCUUCCCAAAGGGAAAGCCGCUGUCGAGGGAGAAAUCACCGUACCUUCCGUAGAGGCUGAGCUCCCCACAGCCGAACUGAAAGGCAAAGUAACAGUACCGUCCGUCGAGACUGGCCUAAAGGUGUCAGGACCCCAGAUUGAGGCCCCGAGCGUGCAAGUGGAGGUCGGUGAGAAGGGCAAAAUCAAAAUGCCAGAUGUCAAGAUGCCGAGUGUCAAAAUGCCCAAGAUGAAGGGCCCCCAGGUGGGCGUCACCCUCUCGAAGGUCGAGGGAGACGUGUCACUUCCUAAAGUAGAAGCUAAAUUACCGGAAGGCGAUGUCUCUGUCAAAGUGCCCAAAGCGGAAGGCAGCGUUGAGGGAGGCGGGAUGCAGAUACACAUGCCAAAAUUCAAAAUGCCCAGCAUGGGCUUCUCCAAACCAGAUAUCAAAGGCCCGAAAGUAGACUUAGACCUCAGCGCGCCAAAGGUUGACGUCACUCUUCCCUCCGCUGACGUCAGUAUCUCCAAACCUGAACUGAAAACAGGAGAACUUGCGGCCGACAUCAGCGUCUCAGCUCCUGAACUUGAGGGCAUGGAUGGCAAGUUCAAGAUGCCUAAAUUCCAGAUGCCAAAGUUUGGCAUUUCCCUUCCCAAAGGGAAAGCCGCUGUCGAGGGAGAAAUCACCGUACCUUCCGUAGAGGCUGAGCUCCCCACAGCCGAACUGAAAGGCAAAGUAACAGUACCGUCCGUCGAGACUGGCCUAAAGGUGUCAGGACCCCAGAUUGAGGCCCCGAGCGUGCAAGUGGAGGUCGGUGAGAAGGGCAAAAUCAAAAUGCCAGAUGUCAAGAUGCCGAGUGUCAAAGUACCCAAAAUUAAGGGCCCCCAGGUAGAUGUCACCCUGCCAAAACUCGAGGGAGAAGUGUCUCUUCCUAAAGUAGAAGCUAAGCUACCAAAAGGAGAAGUCUCCAUCAAGGUGCCCGAAGCGGAAGUCAGUGUUGAGGGAAGCGGGAUGAAGAUACACAUGCCAAAAUUCAAAAUGCCCAGCAUGGGCUUCUCCAAAACACACAUCAAAGGCCCGAAAGUAGACUUAGACCUCAGUGCGCCAAAGGUUGACGUCACUCUUCCCCCCGCUGACGUCAGUAUCUCCAAACCUGAACUGAAAACAGGAGAACUUGUGGCUGAAAUCAGCGUCUCAGCCCCUGAAGUCAAGAUCCCAACAGCGCAGGCCUCCUUGGAACUCAAGUCACCAGACUUCCAAAUCCAGGCACCAUCAGCGGAGGUAGCUGUGGAGGGCGGCGAGGCAAAUCUUGCAGGCGUGGACAGCAAGUUCAAAAUGCCUAAAUUCCAGAUUCCAAAGUUUGGCAUUUCCCUUCCCAAAGGGAAAGCCGCUGUCGAGGGCGAAAUUACCGGACCUUCCAUAGAGGCUGAGCUCUCCACAGCAGAACUGAAAGGCAAAGUAACAGUACCGUCCGUCGAGGCUGGCAUAAAGUUGGCAGGACCCCAGAUUGAGGCCCCGAGCAUGCAAGUAGAGGUCGAUGUUUUGGUUCCCGAGACAGAAGUGAACAUCCAGGCUCCAGAUUUAGAUAUCAAAGGUUUAAAAAUGGAAGCCAGUGAGAAAGACACAACUGAAAAAGAAAUGGAAGCAUCAACAUUUGAAGCUGAAUAUGCUGUAGCUGGUGGAGAAACAUUUGUGGAUGAAAAAAUAAAAAUCCCUCCAAUUCCUAAAGCGGUCAAGACUCCUGCACUGGACAUAAAGUUCCCAUCAGCUGGGCUUUCUAUGCCACCAUCAGAAAAAGACUUUCAGAAUUUAGCAGACAUAUCGAAGGAAGACAAACCAGAAGGAGAUUUGAGGACUGGGAUUUUAGAUACAGAAGAGAAAGAAGGACACUUCAAAAUGCCAAAAUUCAAAUUGCCGUCAUUUAGUUGGUCCCCUAAAAAAGAAGCAAGCCUUAAAACAGACGUAAAAGAUCCUUUGGAAGAACCUAAAAUCGCACUGCCAGAGGAUACAGAUGCAGAACUGACAGUAGUUAUAUCAGAAGAUCAAGGGGUCCAGAUGGACCUUGAUGCUGAGAUGUCUUCAAAGAAAGGCCAGGCGAAAAGGCCUCAUUUUGCCAUGCCCAAAAUCUCUCGCCCUAAGCCAAAAUUACCUAAAUCACAGGCCAGCCUAUCAAAAGUAGAGGCAGAUAUAACUGAGGAAAGAGAAGGAGUGCUGGUACAAAUACCUGAUAUUGAAAGCAGUUUUACCACCCGUGAUGAAGAAGCAACAGAAAUAAGUAUUAAAAUGCCAAAAGGAAUAUCAAAACCAGAAACCAAAAUCGAUAUAGGCGCUAAAGUACCUGCAGCUGUUGUUAAAGUUCCUAUGACUGAUCAUUCAUUUGAGCUCAAGAGUUCGGAAAGAGGAUUUGAAGGAACAUCCAGUGAAAUCGAUAUGGAUACUGCAGGUCAGAAAAGUGACAACUUUGAAAUUAGACUUCCAAAACUCCAGAUGCCAAAGUUUGGAAUCUCCGUUUCUGAAGGGGAAGUGCCUAAGAGUGAGAUUGUCAUGCCGGUUAUGAAAAGUGAAGCAUCCAAACGACAAGUGACAACAGAGAGACUUGACGGAGAAGCACCAGUCCUGGAAGUUCAAGCGGAUACUGCUGAUGUCGAAAUGAAGGGUUCCUCUGUGAAAAUCGAAGGGCCGCCCAUGCCCACAGCUGAAACCAAAGCCCCUGACAUGUAUACGUCUAGCCUUAAGGAGAAGGAUAUCGAUGCAAAAGGAGAACAUGAAAUUCAGACGGAGGAGUCUCAGGGCUGGUUUAAAAUGCCCAAGUUCAGAAUGCCUUCGUUUGGCCGGUCGUCUUUAAAGGAUAAAAAAAGUGAUGCUAAGGAUGAGAGUAACCUCGGGAAGGCUGACAUGCAAGUUGAAAUAAAGACCCUUGAAACUGCAGCACAGUCUCUCCAUGCGGACACUGAGUCCUGUUCUGGAAAGGACAGUUUAGAAGGCAAAGUCACAUUUCCUCCAGUGGCCAUUCCAGAGGAUCAAGGCAGUCUUCUGCAACCUUCGGGGAAAAUAGAUAUUAAAUUAAGUGUGGAGGGGACUAAAACAUAUGCUGAUGUAGUUAAACAUAGUGCUGACGAACAACUGCAGAAGCCUCCAUUCUCCGGCCCUAGAGAUGGGCUGAGUAGUUCAGAAGUGGGGUAUUCUGUCGAAACAAAGAGGUUAGACAUGGGAACUGAUGCAGCAGCAUCCACUGAAAUUAGUGUGGAUGGAACAGAAAGGAGAAUUGGCAUAGCUGGUCCAAAAGUAGAGGUCGUUGUGCAAAGCCGAGAUGCAGCAGCAAAAACUGAGAAGACGUCGAGUGAAACGAAAUCACCAAAAAAGGACAUUCAAGGACAAGAAAGUGUGUUCAAAAUGCCAAAGUUCAGCGUGCCUUCAUUUGGAUGGUCUACCCCAAAGAGCGCUGGCAAGGUUGCUGAAGAUAUACCUAACCUGGAAGAGCCCGAGGCAGCCCUGCCGGAAAUUAAAAUGGAAGUUUCGAUGACUGAUGAAGACUUUGAAAUAAUAGAGUUGCCUGUUGAAGGUUUUGAAAAGGAAGCGCCCACAGAAGUCGAGGUGAAAGCAGAAGAAAGAGACAGGUCAAGUAAAGCAAAAGCAUCUAAAUUCAAGAUGCCAAAGUUUGGCAGUCUGCGUUCCAAAUCACGGGACGCAGAAGUUCAUGCUGAUUCACCAAAAGCACAAGCUGAGGGAUCACUAGCUAAAACUGAAGGAGGCACAUUAGAAGUCCAGAGUCAAAAGGGAGAAGGGUCUGUUGACCUAAAAUGUACAAAACUAGAUACAGUGGACAAGGUAUCUGAAGAUUCAGAGCUAAAUUUCCAUAUUCCAAAAUUUAAAAUGCCCAAGUUCAUACACAGCACACCCACAGCUGAAGGACAAGUUUUGUGUUCAGAAGGAACAACAGAUGAGAAAUGUGCUGAUAUUGAUGGUGCAUCUCUACUGGAACUCAGGACUAAAGUCCUCGAAGAGAAAGCAGACCAGACAGGUUAUGAUAUCCAGAAAUCCACAGCCAGGAUUACAACAUUAACUGAACCUGCUAUUCAGAGAACAAAGGUAGAAAGCAAAGUGCCAUCUAAAGAGUCUGUGUUUUCAGAGACCUCAGUAUGCAUACAGAGACCGAUGGAACUUAGCACUGGUUUUCCUAAAGAGCAGAUCGAUACCAUGGGUACUAUUAUCCAUAAGUCGGUGGCUAAAAUUACAACACUGACCGAACCAGACAUUCAGACAACACACCUUGAGAUUAAACUCCCAUCUGCAGAUCCCUUUACUCCAGAUGCAUCAGUGCACAUUCAAGGGCUUCGUGGCGAGAGUAAAGAAACAAAGAUAGAAGGGACGUCGGUGCUUGGUUAUGAUCGUGAAAGUCAGGAAACGUUCUCCACUCAGAUAGUGAGAGAAUCUGAGAUUCCACCAUCAGAAAUCAAAACUGCAACCUAUGGGUUUUCUCUGCUGAAACUGAAGAUGCAGGAACCACACUUGAGCGUAGGUGUACCAGUCAAAUAUUCUUCUACGGAAGAUAUGAGUGAAACCUUUGAGAGCGAAGAUUUCCAGCCAAAGCUUUCAGUUGAAAGUUCAGGAAUAACAACACAGAAGACUGUCUCUGUUGGAUUUAAAGUAUCUGACAAGGGCCAAGGUACAUCUGGUGAUUUCAGUGAAGGAGCAUCUUCCACCGCAAGGUUGACAAAACUGAAACCAUUUACUGUUGAAGUUCAAUCUUCUAGUGAAUUUGCAGACAGUUAUUUUGAUAAGCAACCAAAAGAGAUAUAUGUUUCUGCUGUCUCCAAAGAUGAUGAAGAAACGAAAACUUCCGAAACUGGAGAAGAGCCCACAGAACAAAAAGAAAGUUCAGAUAGCAGCAGUUCUUCGGGCAGGUUUAAAUUAUGGUUUCCAUCUAUCGGGUUUUCUUCCUCCGUUGAUGACACAACCACAGAUUCCAAAGCUGAAAGCCAAACAACGUUUCCAGAAGAAACGCAACCCAAAGACCCAUCUACAACAGACAGUGACUCUGCUAAGCAAACUGGGUGGUUCAGAUUUCCCAAGUUAGGUUUUUCAUCUCCAACAAAAAAAGUCAAGGAAGUUGACAAAGAAGAAGAGUCGGAUCCAAAAAAGAGGAAACCUCAGGGUGAAGAAAGUCCAACAGAAAAAACUGAAAUGUUUUUUGAUGCCCAAGAAACUUUACCACCAAAAGAGAUAGUUGCAGAGGCAGAAGAAAUCUCAGCCAUUGUUUCAUCUUCAGCAAGAACCGAAUUGAUACUACUAGAGAAAGAGAAAGCCGCAUCUCAAAGUAUUCCUGAAGAGCCAUCGAAAUGAGUGGGCUUCUCCUCAGCAUUCAGUC